AUGGAAGCAGUGGGGAAGCAAGACUGCCAGCAGGUUCCAUUUGACGCCAACAUUGAAUGCCAGAAGUUACACCACAGUGGCGAGCGCUCCCUCUCAGUGCUGGACUGUGGGAAGGUGAAGCAUUACAAACUGAAAAAACUGGAGAAUGGUCACGUGUUCGUGUCCAGGGCCCGAUCCUUCCUUACUGUACAGGAAUUGGUGGCUCAUUACUCCCAGGAGGCCGAUGGCCUCUGUGUGCGUCUGGGGGAGCCUUGCAAAAAGAUGGAGGCUCCACAGACUCACGGCCUGUCCUACAACACCGUGGACCAAUGGGAGAUUGAUCGCAACUCCAUCAAGUUGCUAAGGAAGCUUGGCGCCGGACAGUUUGGAGAAGUGUUCGAAGGCCUGUGGAACGAGACCACAGCGGUCGCAGUGAAGACCCUCAAACCUGGAACCAUGGACUCUGAGGACUUCCUGAGAGAGGCUCAGAUCAUGAAGAGGCUGAGGCAUGCCAAGCUGAUCCAGCUGUACGCUGUGUGCACCAUGGAGCAGCCCAUCUACAUCAUCACUGAGCUGAUGAAGAACGGCAGCCUGCUGGACUACCUCCAAAGUAACAUACCUCAUGUUGAUCUACCCAUGACAUUAUGA